UAAGUAUAAAUUUCAAAAUUACCAUAUAAGUACUUUUAAGGUAAAAUAAAAAUAAAAAUGGCAAGUGCUCAAUACAAUGCUGGUGAAUCCCAUGGCCAAGCUCAGGCCAACACAGAGCAGUGGGUAGAUUCAGGCAAGAGUAUAGCAAAUUCUGCUGUAGACAAAGCUGAAAAUGCUACACAAAGAGCUAGUGAGACAGCUGAACAAAACAAGGACCAAAAUUCUGGAUUUCUUCAGCAGACUGGAGAGCAAAUGAUACACAUGGCUCAAGGUGCAAUUGAUGGUGUGAAGAAUACUCUUGGAAUGGGAUCUGAUAAGAAGCAAAGAGAAAAUUAAACACCAGUUUUACCUACUAAUUUCCAUAUUUAUAUAAGUUUUGUGAUUUCUUGUUUUUAGAUCUCUCACUAAGUGCAUUUGACUAAGAUGCUUAGGAUUUAAUGUUGGAUUAUACAAUUCAUUAAUGUAACAGUUGAUUGAGAUUUUGUAAUCAGAAUUGUUAUGAUUAUGUAAUAAAGAUGCUAUAAGAAAGUUUAUUUGGUAUUUGGAAUUAA